AAUGCCAAUUGCGUCCGAACGAGUUAAGUAACGACUUCAGGUAACUUCCAACUGAAAUUCAUUGGAACUUUUCAACUCCGAUUUCCACUUGAAGGGUAACAACAACAACUUCUUAAACCAUCCACGACGAUGGCAUUGCAUAAUGAGUCGCGAUAAAAUGCAUUUCAAAGAGACAGCUGGUCUAUAUACCGCUGCCGCUCUACUGCGACUAAUAUUAUUCGCCGUCUUUCCUGAACUCCCCGAUUUGCUGACGGCCCGCGUCGAGAUCUCGACUCCCGUCACAAGCUUCAAGCGACUGCAAGAAGGCUUGUUCCUAUAUAAUCACAAUGUCUCUCCGUACGAUGGAGGCGUUUACCACCAAGCGCCCUUACUCCUCCCGCUCUUCUCUCUCCUCCCAGACCCGUCGACGUAUCCUAUAUUCGCAUACAUCCUCUACAUUCUAGUCGACUUACUAAGUGCCGAUGCGCUUUACAAGAUCGCCGAGUCGGCUGAAGCUAGCGCAUCGAAGCUCUUCACAUCGGCUCGUAAGGAGAGGAGAUGGGGCGGUUAUAUCGUCGCAGCUAUCUUCCUCUUUAACCCAUUCACCAUCGCGACGUGCAUGGGUCGGCCAACCAAUGUCUUCACUACAUGUGCUAUACUACAUGCGAUUGCGAAGGCUAUAGCUGGCAACCCCUUUACCUCCAUGCUAGCUCUUUCUUUCGCUACUUACUUAUCCAUGUAUCCCAUUUUACUCCUCCCACCGUUAAUCCUACUAGCCUACGACCGGCAACAUAUCUCGAGAAGGACCCCGUCACUGUUACAAUUUGCCGGUAUUAACGUGGCAGCUGUCAUUGUCUGUCUCUCGGUCCUGUUCGGAGCUUCCUAUCUCCUAACCGGGUCCUGGGAAUUCCUUGCUUCGACAUACGGGAUCCAGCUUACGCUGACCGACCUGACGCCCAACGUUGGACUUUGGUGGUACUUCUUCAUCGAAAUGUUUGACAGCUUUCGCGCCUUCUUUCUUGGCGUAUUCUGGUUGCACCUCUCUUGCUACGUGGGGGGACUCUCGAUUCGGAUCCGGUCUCAACCACUCGCCGUCUUAACCAUACUCCUCGGUUUAUUCGCCAUCUUUAAGCCAUAUCCCAACAUUGCCGAUACCAGUCUAUUCCUUGCCAUGGUACCACUAUUUAGACACAUAUUUCCGCUCUUACGAUACAGCUUCUUAGCCGCUUCAACUAUACUCUAUUCCUCAUUUCUGGGCCCCUCCUUUUACUACCUAUGGAUCUACGCUGGUAGCGGAAAUGCAAACUUCUUCUACGCCAUUACUCUGGUUUGGAGUCUUGGUCAGAGUCUGCUAGUCAGCGACUUAACAUUCGCAGUACUCCGGGAUGAGUGGGAACUUGAACGGCCCGAGAUGGUUGGGAAAGAAAUCCGACAGGUCUAGUAGCCUUAUUGGUAUCGCCGGUAUAACGUCAGCAUAGUCUAAUUGCUAGAGACUCUUAGUAAUAGAGACACAUUCAAGAGCCACGAAGGAGGCUAGAGUGUGAGCAUAAAAACUUUAGAAAUACAUUAAAUUGCCUCGAGCACAACGUCCAUUCGUCAUAGUUUAUAUGAAUAACUGGCUAGAUUCCGUUCCUGCUAAACAUGGCUGGUCAAGAUAUGAGACCCGAAUAUUGCAACUCAUGAUAUUAAGGGGGAAGAUUUAUUUGUAUUAGUUGAGUAGUCCAGUUGCUAUUCCAGCAUUAUUUCCCAAGCUUCAGUUUGAUACUAGAUCCUGGGCUCCUAAUGUCAGUAACUACUAUACCUACCUAACCUAAGGUAGGUUCACAAACUUGAAGCGGUUUUAAUUAAAUACCAGCUCAUAGUUGAUGAAACUGAACAGAUAUCCCAAUCAAGUAGUUGGGUUUCCGAAGCAAAACUCGUCUUCAU